AUGGGCGUCAUCCGCACUUUGAGUAUUGAAGCCUCUAGUAUGAGUUACUACCAGGUACUACUGACCAAGACGUCGGCUUCUWGACGCCGGCUUCAACAUCUCUCGUCUCACAAGUUACUCCAGGUGAAAACCACUCACAGAGUUGCACAGAUGCUAGACGGUCUUCACAGUGUACAUCUCACUGAAAGGCCUCGAAGCGUCUCAUUGAUCAGUUAUGAUCUCCUAGAAGCGGUAGUGCAGCCAAGAUAG